GGAUUGGCUAUUCGCUUGUCGUCCGCCUGGCUGACGACACUCUAGGUUGUUAUUUGGGCCCUGCUAUUUACCUACGGCGACUUCUUCCCUGUUUUCGUCACUUAACCUAGUUUGGCGAUAGCGAAACAGAACCCAGUGCUUCCCGGGACCGUUACCGCUCGCUUUCCACCAGGUGUUCGGGCGCAGCGGCGGGACCAUGCCCGGCCCCGGCUGUUCCUAUGCUGCCAGGAUUAUCACCUGCUCGCUACACAGAGGUAUCAUAUGUGGCAGGGGUCAUGUGUCUGUGGUUAGAAAAUCAAGACAUUUCGAGACCUACGUCCUGCAGCAGGUAACACUGAGAACCUUUUCGGCAACAGCUGCAUGCUUCUCAGCUAAAGAUGGUGCCAGCAAAGAUGGGUCCGGAGAUAAGAAAUCUGUGAGCGAGGGCGGCAGUAAGAAGUCUUCUGGGAAUUCUGGAAAAGGAGGAAAUCAGUUGCGCUGCCCAAAGUGUGGAGACCUAUGCACCCAUGUGGAAACAUUCGUCUCGUCCACCCGGUUUGUAAAGUGUGAGAAAUGUCAUCAUUUCUUUGUUGUCCUUUCUGAAUCGGAUUCAAAGAAAACAAUCAACAAGGAACCAGAGACUGCUGCUGAAGCUGUGAAACUGGCCUUCCAACAAAAACCUCCACCUCCACCAAAAAAGAUCUACAACUACCUCGACAAGUACGUGGUGGGGCAGUCUUUUGCAAAGAAGGUGCUUUCUGUGGCAGUGUACAAUCAUUAUAAACGAAUAUACAACAAUAUCCCGGCAACAGUCAGACAGCAAGCAGAGGUGGAGAAACAGGCCUCCUUAACCCCAAGAGAGUUAGAGAUGAGAAGACGGGAGGAUGAGUACAGAUUCACAAAACUACUACAGAUUGCUGGAAUUAAUCCACAUGGCAAUGCUCUGGGUGCAUCCAUGCAACAGCAAGUAAACCAGCAGAUGCCGCAGGAGAGGCGAGGAGGCGAAGUGCUCGACUCGAACAACGAUGACAUAAAGCUAGAGAAAAGCAACAUCUUGCUGCUGGGUCCGACAGGCUCCGGUAAAACUCUUCUUGCGCAGACUUUAGCGAAAUGCUUGGAUGUCCCUUUUGCUAUAUGUGACUGCACUACCUUGACCCAAGCUGGCUAUGUGGGCGAGGACAUUGAGUCUGUGGUUGCCAAACUGCUUCAAGAUGCCAAUUACAAUGUGGAAAAGGCACAGCAAGGAAUUGUGUUCUUGGAUGAGGUUGACAAGAUUGGCAGUGUCCCAGGUAUCCAUCAGCUGCGAGACGUUGGAGGAGAAGGAGUUCAACAGGGUUUGCUGAAAUUGCUGGAAGGCACCAUUGUGAAUGUUCCAGAGAAAAAUUCUAGAAAACUGCGAGGUGAAACUGUACAAGUUGACACAACUAAUAUUCUCUUUGUGGCAUCCGGCGCAUUUAAUGGUCUCGACAGGAUCAUCAGCAGAAGGAAAAAUGAGAAGUACCUGGGAUUUGGUAUAAUCUCCAACAUGGGCAAAGGACGCCGGGCAGCAGCAGCUGCAGACCUAGCAAACACCAGUACGGAAUCCAAUGCGGUACAAGACCUUGAGGAGAAGGAUAGGCUGCUGAGGCAUGUGGAGGCCAGGGACCUCAUUGAAUUUGGCAUGAUCCCCGAGUUUGUUGGCCGUCUGCCUGUAGUGGUUCCUCUCCACAGUUUAGAUGAGCAGACUCUUGUCCGCAUUCUCACAGAGCCGCGCAAUGCAGUGGUGCCGCAGUACCAGGCACUCUUUAGUAUGGAUAAGUGCGAGUUAAGCGUCACAGAAGGUGCCCUGAAGGCCAUUGCUAGGCUAGCUCUAGAUCGGAAAACCGGUGCUAGGGGACUCCGGUCUAUCAUGGAAAAACUACUCCUUGAACCAAUGUUUGAAGUUCCCAACUCUGACAUUGUAUGUGUGGAGCUGGACCAGGAUGUAGUGGAAGGGAACAAGGAGCCUAGAUAUAUCAGAGCUCAAAACAAGGAAGUAACAGAAGAAGAGUAUGAUUCAGGAGUAGAAGAGGAAAGGUGGCCUCGACAAGCAGAUGCUGCAAACAAUUAAACCCUGUACUGGUUAUCCCUUUUUUUUAAAAAACAUAAAGGGUUUUUUUUGAUCGCCCACACACAGCUUAACACUAGUACAGAAUAAACAACUGUUUUAUUAGCCAGAAGCGUAACAUGAAAAUUUAAUUAUAUACCAAGCAAGGCAAUUUUAAAAAAAACACUUAAUUUUUACAGUCCAGGGCGGCAUUUAUACUCUGUCCAGUGGUUACAAUGUACAGUGAGUUUUGGGGGCUUUUUUUAAAGAGACAUUUUUUCUUAAAUGUUCUUGGAUUUCAUUUGAAGUAUUGGGAUUAACACACACAAAUAUUAUAUUCUGCAGUGAGGAUGCAGAGUUCCACGACCCAUAAAUAAGGUGCAGGCUGGUUGGAGCGUUGCCAGGUGCCUCAUGUCCACAAAUAUGUUUAUUUAAAUCUCUCAAUUGCUUAACUUAACCCCCUUUAUCAUGUAAAAUAUCCUCCCACACCCCUCUAAAGCAAUGCAGGAUAACAGAUCCGAGUUGGAGUCCUGCCUUCUCUGUCCCCAGAGUAUACUUUGCAGUGACUAGUGACGUUUUAAGUCCAGAGGAGACAAGGUAAUAACUUCAGUCCCUGAAUGCUGCUAAAAGCCCCCACAAUUCGGAUAUUAAGAUUGAGCAUAUUUUCAUUGAGAAGAAAGAAAAAAAAAAUCUGGGAAUUUGAUAUUGAAGAUGCAAAUGGGCAUCCUUAAUUUGGGGUGGGAGAUAAAGGGUUCAUGUGAUUUUUAUUUCUUUCUAUUUUAUUACACCCAUUUUUAAAAGGUUGUAGCUUGUUUAAAAACUGGAAUGGUUUGAUUUUUAGCAUAAUCCAUUACCACUAUAUUAAACACGCUGAUUUUUCCUUUCUAGAAACAGGUUAUGUACGGCAAAUGUACUUUAAAGUCUCUUCCGUUGAAUUUCCUAAAGCCAGAGUGACAAGAAUGAGAUGGUUAACUUUAUAUAAUCAUAUGUGGCUGAUUUUGUAAUAAAUCCCUCUGCUGUGAGACUUGUCAAAAAUAUAUAUUAAGGACAGGCCUUACAGCAGUGAUAUGGACUGCUUUUAAGUUAUAGAUAAUCGCUUGUCCGCUUUCUCUUUUUUUCAUUUUAGAAUUUCACUCAGGCAGGUGGAGAUGCUUGUUGACCCCCCAAUAACACACUUGAAUAAAAUUUUUCGUUCCUUUUAGCCAAAUGUUUGUUUGGUAUUAAAGGAUCCAA